AUGGCCGUCGAGUUACGGAAACUCGAGGUGAUGCUCAACAAACCGAUAUACGUUGGCAUGUCCAUCCUGGAGAUAGCGAAAACGCGAUUGUACGAGUUUCACUACGAAUACAUGGUAUCGUUAUAUCGCGGUGUUUGUAACAUAAUGUACACGGACACGGACAGUCUGAUCUAUUUUGUCGUAUGCGACGACAUUUACGAGGAUAUGAAACGCUCCAUCGAAAGAUUCGACACGAGCGACUACGCCGAGAACAACGCGUACGGUAUGCCGCGCACGAACAAGAGCGUUCCGGGUCUGAUGAAGGAUGAGAAUCGUGGCGCGAUUAUAGUAGAAUUCGUAGGGUUGAGAGCCAAGAUGUAUGCCGCGAGGGUGCUCGGACAGAGCGACACGAAAAAGGUGAAGGGUGUAAAGAGAAACGUAGUCGAGAGAACGAUAACGUUCGACGAUUUCACGCGAACGUUGCGCGAUAUGACGGAGUAA